AUGGGAGACUUACCUCGUGUAAGAAUUACGCCUGCUCGACCCUUUCUACAUAGUGGAGUAGACUUUGCUGGCCCUUAUCAAAUCCUGAGAUCUAAAGGUAGAGGUUUUAAUAUAACUAAGGCUUACAUAGCAAUUUUUGUUUGCAUGUCAACAAAAGCUAUACACCUAGUAUUGGUUGGAGACCUUACCUCGGAGGCCUUUAUUGGAGCUUUCAGAAGAUUUGUAGCAAGAAUGGGAUGA